UGACGCGGGACGGCCGGCGGGCGGACGGGGCGGGACCGCAGGCCUCGGGCCUUCCCCGCACCGCUCCCGGAGCCACGGAAUGGAGGGCGGGACAGGUGGUGGUGGGGAAAAUGCCGUGGAGCACUUCUUCAAGCAAAGAAGAAUACAUUCAAAAGAUGCUGUGGAAAUCAUCUGGUAUCACGCUGCCAACAAAGAAGCACAAAUGAAAGAAGCGUUGAAAAGUGAUGCCCACAUGAUUGAAGCAGAUAUUAUUUCUGGGAGCCAAGGGCCAAUUAUGGCCCAUCCUCCUGAAACUGACAGUGACAACACAUUGCAAAACUGGUUAAAUGAGGUGCUACAAUCAGAUAAAGGAAUCAAACUGGAUUUUAAGAGUUUAUCGGCUGUGGAACCUGCAAAAAUGUUACUUUCAAUGAAGCAUUUUCUCACACGCCCAGUUUGGAUCAAUGCAGAUAUUCUUCCUGGACCAAAUGCAAGCAGUACAGAAAUGAUCGCAAAUGAAUUUCUGCACAUUGUGACUUCACACUUGACAGAUGUAACACUGUCUCUGGGAUGGACAACCAACCAGCUGGUUGAUCAAACCCAAGGCUACAGCUGGGAGAUGGUGAAGGGGAUGGAGCAGAUCUGUCAGUCGCUCUGCCAGCCGGUAACGUUCCCCGUCCGAGCAGCUCUGGUCCGACUGUCCUGGCCACAGUUACACUGGUUGCUGCAGCAGUCUGAAAGGUACAGUCUGACUGUGUGGACAGCAAGAGAAGAUUCGUACAGCCUUGAGGAUAUGCUGUACAUCAGGGAGAACUUCGACAAAUCAAGGAUCUAUUAUGAUCUUUUUGAACCUCAAAUCAGUGAAUUAAGGCAGGCAGUAAACAAAGUGACAGCCCACGCAUAACAGCAAGUUACCACAGAAACAGAACUUGCAUUUAUCACCAGUUCUAACGCAGUAAAGCAGACCAAGACCUUUAUCAAGUACAAUUUGAUACCAAGUAAGAAAAUAUGCCGGGAUCAAGGUAGAUUUUAAGAAGAGUUUUGGUGGAAAUUCUGAAGCCUAGGGCAUAGACAGCUGAUGGCAAAGAAAUUACAUUGGAGAUGCAGCAGAGACCAGGCCUGAAGAAGCACAAAGAUUCGAGGGAUUUUGGUGAUAAGCAUCCACUCAACAACUGUUGGGAUGCUCUCCACAAUUGACAGUGACCUCUGGACAAGAAUAGUUAGGCCUCACACAUGGAGAAUGGCCACUUAUUCCAGUUAUUGGAGACUAACCACAACUGCCUUUGCUUUGUGUGAGACACGACUUUAACCACUGGAGUAUUUUCCUUUGAUGCCCAUUGACUUCAGGCAUACUUUCACAUCAAAAGCCAUCGCUCUCACUCUCCAAUUCAGCUAUUUGGUCCAUGUUUGGAACAAGUCUAUGAUGAGGUCUGGAACUGUGAUCCUUGCAAAGCCCAAACUGGGCAUCAGUGCCCAGUUAUUAGUGAGUAAAUACCAGCUUGAUAGCACUGUCAGUGACAUCUCCAUGACUUUGCUUAUGAUUGAGAGUGGGGCAAUACACAGCAGGCUGGAUUAGUCCUUUUUGUGAACAGCCCAUACAGAGUCAAUUUUACUCAUUGUUAGGUAGAAGCCAGUAACUGUAGUGGGACAGCUUGGCUGGACACAGCAGUACCAGUCACUACUCCAACAGUGUCUGAUCUGUGACCUUUGCUUUAUCAGCAUUUUUAGUGAAAGAUGCCACGUAGACAUAAAUCCAGUACUUAUUUUCCUUAAUGUCAUAUCAUGUGAAAUGAUUCAAAGUUUGAAUCUUCAAAACAGGAGCAGAAAAAAUGAAUAAAAUUAGGAAAUGUAGCUUCUUACAGAACUAGCGAUACCCAAUUUUAUCCUAUUGAACUUGUAUUUCCUGUGAACUCUAAGAAAGUUAUUUGCGAAUUAAUUCCAAGCUGAGUGAAGUAUUUUGAAUUCACAACUAAGCUCUUUACACAUAAAUAUCAAUGAGAGCAUCCAGUUUAAAAUCAUAUCACCCAACAAAGGACUUUCAAAUAAAUCACAAAUUGCCAGUGUGAUAAUUGCAGCCGGGCCAAUAAUGGUUUUGUCAUUGCAUAUUGCAAGCCUCCAAUUAUUAUAGCUGCAUCCUUCGAUCUUUAUUCACAGUGUUUUUAUACAGGUUUUGAAGAGUAAGUACAGAGCCUUACCAUACAGACAGGCCCAUUGCAUCUGCCAUGCCUCUGCUAGCUCUGAAAAAGAUGUUGUGUUUAGUCCCACAUCCCCAAUUUUCAUGUCUUCUGCACCCUCAAGUCUCCAUGUACCUUGUUUUUAAAAUGAUUAAUGGAAUCAGCUCCCACCACCUCAGGAAAGUGUUUCUUGUCUCGCAGUUCCUGAGUGAAACCAUUUCUUCCUAUUGCACCUCUAGAUAUUUUACCGGUCAUUUUGAAUCUGUGACCAUGGGUAACGACCCACUUACCAGAGGCUAGUUUUCCUCUCACAAAGCCUUUUGUUUGGAACAUAUAAUAUUCAGGAAUAUAUAAAAUUCUAGCAUGAUUGUUUUGGUUUAAUAUAAAUAUACUUUUAUUUCUAUACCUAACAAACCAAUUUGCUUCAUUGAACCACCUAAACAACCUGCUGUGCCAUCGUUGGAGAUUUGUGCAUAAGGACAUCAUGAGUCUAUAUUUUCACCUUGGUGCCGGAAGCGUGGCGACACUCGUGGGCUGCCUCCAGAACACUCAACGCAAAAGAUGCAUUUCACUGUGUGUUUCAAUGUACAUGUGACUAGUAAAGAAAUCUUUAAGUUGUGCCCAUUUACAGGAUACACUCUUUCUGUAUUAAUUCUCCCAAAGUGCAUCCCACCAGUUUCUCCGUAUGCCUUGCUCAUCCUGAAACCUAAUACUAGCCUCAUCAUUAUUCGUCGCUUUGCCAAUGUUUAUCUUAUCUGCAGACUUUAUAACACUGCUCCCUGCACAAGCCUAUAUCAAUAAAACACACUGAACAGAGCGAUACACCCAAAACUGACCCUCGAGGGCCACGUGUUAUAUGGAGAAUGUCUGUCUACCACCUGCUACUCUUCCUGUCACUGAGCCACUUUCACAUCCCCCGCUUGUUUCACUUUUCUUUAUUAUCCUGUGUGGAACUUCUGAUAGAGCUUCUGCACUGCCACGAUCAACCCAUGAAAGACUUUCAUCAAGCUAGUUAAUUUUCCUUUAAUUAAUGUAUUGUUUUGCCUUUAACAUAACUUGCCCCUAAUAAACUAUGCUGGCUCUACAAUAAAUUAGUAAAAAUAUUUUUAUGCUGGUAGAUGACAAAUGUAGCAAGUUAUCUUAAACCAAUUUAAUUGUUGAAAUUCUCCAGCUUACUUUUAAGCAAAAUAAUCCUUGGAGUUAUUUCAGAAUUGCUGAGAGGGCACGACCAGAGACAGUGACUAAAUGUCACUAUUUCAGAGCCUUUGUCUUCAGCGGUUGGUCUCUUGAAUUCCUGCAGCCUAACUGCUUUCCCUAAGGCUGGCCAGCUGCUUUCCAAGGCUUUGGAACAGUACUGGAGAACGUUGGAAUGCAGCCAACCCAACUACCCACGUCCCACUCUUAGCAGGAAUGGCAAAUGCUUGGGAACAGUUAAAACAAAAUCCAAGAUGGCUUGAAGCAAGUCGAGCAACAUUUGUGAGGAGAAAUCAAGUCAUCACAACUGGAAAAAGUGAGAAAACGGGCAUGUUUGGAAUGCCAAGUUGGGGGAGAGGUGAAGGGAGCAAAGGAGAUGUCUGCAACAAGGUGCACAGCAAAGUGGUCAAGGUAACCAUUACUCUAAAAACUGGUAGUUAGAGACGAGAGGAAAAAGGUACAUUGAAACAGGUACAGGUAUAUCUGUGGGGAUAGAGAGAGAUGGGGGGUGCACACUUGACACUGUUGAGUUCAAUAUUAAAUCCUGAGAGCUGCAGUGUGCCCAGACAGGAGAUCCUGAGAGCUGCAGUGUGCCCAGACAGGAGAUCCUGAGAGCUGCAGUGUGCCCAGACAGGAGAUCCUGAGAGCUGCUGUGUGCCCAGACAGGAGAUCCUGAGAGCUGCAGUGUGCCCAGACAGGAGAUCCUGAGAGCUGCAGUGUGCCCAGACAGGAGAUCCUGAGAGCUGGAAGCUGAGGGCAGCCUUUGCAGACUAGCUGAAGGUGAUCUGUAAAGUGGUCACCAAACCUGCAUCUGGCUUCUCCAGUGUGGAGGAGACCACAUCAUGACCACGGAGAGAAGGCAAGUGUGUUUUAAAUUGCAGAGGGGUAGAGGGAUGUUUGUGGGAGGGUGCACACCAGAAACACAGCAAAGUACGGCACAGCCCACCACGUCUGUGCUGACCAUGAUGCCAAAAUUAAAGGAGUCCCACCUGCCUGCACACAGUCUGUAUCCCUCCAUUCCCGGCCUUUUCAUGUGUCUGUCUAAAUGCCUCUUAAAUGAGUUGUUGUGGUAAAAAAUUACUUCAACCACUGGCAGUUAGAGACAGGUUUUCAUCAACUCAAGAAUAGCACCUCAUCUGUGUACGUUACAGACUUAAUAUUGAAUUUAACAAUUUUGGGUAACCUUGUUAUAUGUUGUCAUGGAUAUGGCUGUAUCUUUCCAUUUCAAUUGGUUUCAUUUUUCUCCACUCUGGACUCUGUCUUCCCACUUCUCCACCUCUGAUGGAAGAUCCUCGACCCAAAACAUCAGCUCUGUUCCUCUGUCCACUGACGCUCUUUGAUUUGCUGGUCCUUCCACUCGGUUCCGUUUUGUUUCAGAUUUCCAGUAUCUGCAUGUUUGAACGGUCACUUGGGAAGAUGUGCCCGCUUUCUCCCAGUUGACACUAUGUGGAACUGGAGGAGGGUCUGCAAGGCAAGGAAUAAAAUCAAAUCACUCUCAGCAGAUUGAAUGAUUUGAUAUUAAAGUUGUACUGGUGAAGGGCAAAAAUUGCUUUGGAGAAAGGCGUUCUAAAGUUAUAUUUUCUCUUUUAAUCUUUUUUAACACUUAGGCUGCUUUCUUUGUUUUUUAACCAGAUAGAUAUGUUAAAUUUGCUUCAGACAAUGUAUAACGUACACUGACUGGGGCUGAUUUGAAGACCUCUCCGGGAUGUAGAGGAGAUGUAUCAGCAAAAUCAACUAUUUACAUAAAGUACCAUAACUCUAAUCCAAUAAAUUUACCUACUGCCACAAGUUGCAUUUCUUGUCCUGAUGCAAAAAAAUUGGCAGAACAAUUGGCGUACUAUUGUUCUUGUAAUUUCCCUCUGAA